AUGGUAGGCAUAGGCAACAAGAAUGAAUCAGAAGUAGCACGCAUCUCAGCUAUUGACUACCUCACUGGCGAAAUUCUCAUUGACGCCUUGAUUCAGCCGACUAAACCAGUCACAGACUGGCGUACAGAGUACAGUGGGAUCACCGAGGAGGCACUGGUUUCAGCCGUUGCCCAAGGAAAAACACUAAUGGGUUGGCCAGAAGCGCGAGCUUCAUUGUUCAAACACAUCGACACCGCGACUGUCUUAAUCGGCCAAUCAUUAAACUUCGAUCUUGUCGCGUUAGGCAUCCAACAUGAACGAAUUGUUGAUUCAGCGAUAUUGGCUUCUGACGCUGUUGGACCUGGCGUGAAGAGACAAUGGGGUCUCAAAAAUCUAUGUAAUCAGCUUCUCGACAUCAAGAUACAGAAUCACGGCAAGGCAGGACAUGAUUCUGUCGAGGAUGCGUUUGCGGCACGAGAAGUGGUGUUGUGGUGUAUUGACCAUCCAGACGCGCUGAGUCGGUGGGGAGUGAAGCGGCGGAAUGAGUAUUAUGCCAAUCAGAAGAAGCCGAAGCCGAAGCCGAAGGCCAAAGCAGGCGCUGCAUCGCGAAGGCAACAGCCAUCAUACUUCGGUGUCAAUUUCUAUCAUGACGUUGAGGAUGGCGAAGUGUUGACAUGGGCCGAUAUUGCGGAAGAUUGUGGAUGGCCACAUCCAGACACAGGGUAUGACCCUUGGUCAGAUUGA